GUCGAACUAUCAAAAUCCGUUUAUGGUAUGAAUAGUUUUGGAAAUUUGGAUCUCACACAAGCCGAAGUCAAACCCAAAUUGGAGAUUUUCCCCAUGCAAGAAGUGCAAAGGAAACCAGUAGGCAAAUCGUUGAUUCUAACAUGCAAACCCAUCGUAGCUGACCCAAAUCUAGUAUCCGAUUUGCAAUGGAAGGAUAAUAUGAAUAAUACCAUACUGCCGAAACCGAACAAAUACUAUUAUCCACUGUAUGAUUCCAAAGGACGUAGAUUACCUACUGUCACUGGCCGCAAUCAGCCGCCGAUGUAUACGGAAACUCUGUCGGAAAGUUUGGCGCUGAUGAUCACCUCGUUGUCGGUCGAAAUGGAAGGCAAAUAUUAUUGCACCGCCUCCUAUGCAAAUACGGAAUUACUGGAAACGAGCGUUAUAAUUAAAACUUAUGUCGCCAUAACAUGGACAAAUGCUCCUGAGAAUCAAUACCCCAUACUUGGUGAGGACUACAUUGUCAAGUGUGAAGUGAAGGCUGAUCCCAACCCGACCAUAGACUGGCUCCGCAACGGUGAUCCGAUUCGCACCGGUGAUAAAUACGUUGUACAGACACAUGGCUUACUCAUACGUAAUGUCCAGGAAUCCGAUGAUGGUAUCUACACUUGCCGCGCAGCAGUUAUCGAAACUGGUGAACUGCUCGAGCGCACCAUUCGCGUGGAAGUCUACAUCCGCCCGGUCAUAACACAUUUGCCAGACACAUUGGAAGCUGUCGAGGGUAAACCAUUCGCCGCCAAUUGCACAGCUACCGGUAAACCAGUGCCAGAAAUCUCCUGGAUCAAAGAUGCUGCACAGCAAAAUGUCGCCACGGCCGAUCGCUUCCAAGUCAACCCACAAACUGGCCUACUGACCAUUAACUCCGUUACCCAAGAUGACUAUGGUACUUAUACUUGCAUUGCCAAGAAUGAUGCUGGCGUUGUGGAUCAAAAGACUAAAUUGAAUGUACUUGUGCGUCCACAAAUUUACGAAUUCUACAAUGUGACGGGCGUGAGUCAGAAAGAGAUUGCUAUUACUUGCCGUUCGAAGGGACGUCCAGCACCCGCUGUCACGUUCAGACGUUGGGGUACCGAAGAAGAAUACGCACCAGGCUUACAAGCUGACGAUGAACGCAUCUCUUUGGAACAACAUUUCGAUGAAGAACGUGGCGAAAGUUCAGGCACACUACGCGUUACACGCGCUACACGCAACGAUGAUGGCCUAUAUCAGUGUAUAGCGCGCAAUAAGGGGGACACCGCCUACAAAACUGGCCAUAUAACCGUUGAAUUCCCACCAGACUUUACACACAUGAAGGAUCUGCCACCGGUGUUCAGCUGGGAGGAACGCAAAGCCAAUCUCAGCUGUCUAGCUUUGGGUAUACCAAAUGCGACAAUCGAAUGGCGUUGGAAUGGUCGUCCACUGAAAGAAGCCUUCGACAAGAAUCUCGUUAUUAUCGGCACUGGACCACGCAGCGAUCUCAUUGUGCACCCAGUGGCGCGUCAAUAUUACUCGGUUUACAAAUGUAUCGCCACAAAUGUGCACGGCUCAGCCGAACAUGAUAUGCAAUUGAAAGAGGCACGUGUACCUGAUCUUGUUGCCGCCGCGAUACCGCGCCAACUCACCGCCACAACAAUUACCUUCGAUAUACGUGGACCACCAACGGAACUGGGUUUACCCGUUACAGCCUUUAGCGUGCAAUAUAAAGAAGCUAUUAAUCCCGAUUGGUCAACGGCGCAAAAUCGUAGCUGGUCACCAGACUCACCAUACAUUGUUGAGGGACUGAAACCACAGACAUCCUAUCAAUUCCGCUUUGCGGCACGCAACCAAGUCGGCUUGGGCAUGUGGGGCGUGAAUCAGCAACAAUCGACACCCAGACGCUCGGCACCCGAAGAACCCAAACCACUGCAUUCGCCGGUGCAAAACGACAAGGAGGAGCCCGUUGUAGUGUCGCCAUAUUCCGAUCACUUCGAGCUGAGAUGGAGCGUGCCAGCUGAUAACGGCGAACCCAUCGACUUCUAUCAAAUCAAAUACUGUCCAGGUGUAAAAAUGGCUGGCACUUGGCAUGAGCUGGAGAACCAAUGCGUUUCACAGGAUGUCAUCGAGACCACAUCUUACGAAAUGUCCCGCCUGAGCGGCAACACCUACUAUCGCAUUGAGCUGCGUGCGCAUAAUGUGAUCGGUUUCUCAUCGCCGGCAUCGAUUAUUAUGAAGACGACACGAGGCAUCGAUGUCAUACAAGUAGCCGAACGGCAAGUGCUCUCCUCCGCUGCCAUUGUGGGCAUAGCCGUCGGCGGUGUGUUGUUGCUGCUCUUCAUCAUUGAUUUGCUAUGCUGUGUAACGGUACGCAUGGGCGUGAUGGCUACAAUGUGUCGCCGGGCGAAACGUUCGCCAUCCGAAAUUGAUGACGAAGCGAAAUUGGGCAGUGGGCAGUUGAUUAAGGAGCCACCACCAUCACCGCUACCAUUACCACCACCAGCUAAACUUGGUGGAUCACCAAUGUCAUCGCCAUUAGAUGAAAAGCAGCCACUGCAAACACCAACCGGUAGUGUAAAACAAAAUUCGACCAUCGAAUUCGAUGGACAAUUCGUGCACUCGCGCAGCGGCGAAAUACUCGGCAAGAAUUCGGCUGUGUGAAUGAAAAUGCAAGUAUUUUGAAUGUCAAAAGCAACAAGUAAGAAGACCAACAAAAGAACAAAUUAGCUGGAAACACGGAAAUAAUGCGAAACGAAAUGAAAGGAGCAUGAAAAUAGGGCAGAAAAAAAAAAUAAGCAACACAAAUUCUUCAAGUGUAAACGCGACCAUGUAACGACGUUGGCAACACUAAUGGCGAACAAAAAAUUGCCGUUUCAUAUUUACUUAAAUGGAUGCGAGCACAUAUGACAACUAUUCAAAUAGCAAGAAAAGUAAAACAAAAAAAUACUUUCACAAAAAAAAAAAAAAAAAAAAUAAAUUAUUACAGCUUUUGUACUUUUCCGCUCAAUCGAGUUAGCAAGCAUGCAUUUAUUUGCAAAAUAGAGAAAAACUUGAAAACAUUCGCAUACAUAGUUAAAUAAACAAUAGAAAAGAAUAAUUAUUGUACAUGAACAGAAGAUUGUGGUUUACACCACAAAACACGCAAAUUUCCAUGAAACAUUUUUCCUUAAAAAAAAACUAGUAUUCUUUUAUUAAAUUUUUAAAUAUUUUUAUGCUUUUUUCUACACACCCUAAUGCUCUCUUGUAAACGUACAUACAUAUUUUUUCAUAUAAUUUAAGUGCAUUCUUUUGCUUAACCUGCAAAACAGAUAAAUCCAUUCAUUUUUGCCUUAAACUAAAAAACAAACAACAUUCAUUUAGCAUUAAUAUUAUAAUUAAAAAGUAAUAAAUAAGUAUUGAUAAUUAAUUAUAAUUAAGUAUAAUUUGCUGUUAUUAAGUGCUUGAUGAGAGUAUGCGUGUAUAUAUGUCAUAAGGUGGAUGGCAUGUAGAAGAUGCCGCAAGAGGCACCUCAUAGUAGUCUAAGUAUUUGUAGGUAUUAAACAUAUUGUAAACGGAGUAUUAUUUUGCAGUAAAUUUUGGCUUUAAACCCAAAAAAAAGUUUUCAAAAAUACAGUAUGUUUUUUUUUGUAUUAAAAUUACUUCAAACCAAAUUUGUACUUAAACCUAAAUACCGAAAGACUAUUAAAAGCUGUGUGACAAUGUAAACACAUUAGAAAACAUAACCUACAAAAUAAGUAAGAAAGCUUGGGUUAAAUAAAUAUAUGGUUUAUGAAAAAGUUAUUAAAAUGCGAGAUAUUAAAAAAGGUAUUAAAAUUCAAGGGUAAAAAGGGCACGCACUAAUUGCAAAGAAACAUGCAAAGGACCGUUAAAUUUUCAGUUAAUUACUUUAACUAAUUGAUUAUCUUAGCUAAACACUUUUAAUCGAGCUAUAAUUUUCUAACAAAAAGAAAAGUAAUGUUAAUUUUUUUAAUAAACAUUUUUUAAUAAGAAAACAAGUAGA